AUGCCUGAAAUCGUUCAUCUUCAAGUUGGCCAGUGUGGCAACCAAGUUGGUACUGCGUUUUGGCAGACCAUUCUGGGGGAACAUGGCUUGGAUUACAAUGGAAUGUACACUGGUGACAACCAUGUUCAGCUCGAUCGAGUAAAUGUCUACUUCAACGAGGCGUCUGAAAAGAAAUAUGUUCCACGGGCUGUGCUCGUCGAUUUGGAACCUGGCACCAUGGAUGCUGUGCGCGCUGGGCCACUAGGUGGACUCUUUCGCCCAGAUAAUUUUAUUUUCGGACAGUCUUCUGCCGCCAAUAACUGGGCAAAGGGUCACUACACUGAAGGAGCAGAGUUAGUUGAGGAAGUGGUCGAUGUUGUUCGUCGUGAAUCUGAGAGCUGCGACUGUCUGCAGGGCUUCCAGAUCACUCACUCCCUCGGCGGUGGCACUGGUUCUGGCAUGGGCACUCUCCUGCUUUCCAAGAUUCGAGAAGAGUUCCCCGAUCGUAUGAUGGCUACGUUCAGCGUUGUACCAUCCGCUCAAACAUCUGACACUGUUGUCGAGCCAUACAACACAGUCCUGAGUGUACACCAACUUGUUGAGAACUCGGAUGCCACGUUCUGUAUCGACAACCAAGCCCUGUAUGAUAUCUGCCAACGAACACUCAAGCUCCCCAAUCCCUCGACCGGUGAUCUCAACCACUUGAUCUCGACGGUCAUGUCUGGUAUUUCUACUUCGCUGCGAUUCCCGGGUCAACUCAAUUCCGAUUUGCGAAAGAUCUGUGUCAACUUGGUUCCCUUCCCACGUCUUCACUUCUUCAUGGUUGGCUUCGCACCCCUAACCAGCCGCGGUACCCAUGCAUUCCGGAGUGUCACUGUCCCCGAUCUCACCCAGCAGAUGCUGGACCCUCGCAACAUGAUGGCACAAUCCGACUUCCGAAAUGGCCGCUUCUUGACAUGCUCAGCCAUGUUCCGCGGCAAGCUCUCUGGCAAAGAAGUGGAAGAACAAAUGCGCAAGAUCCAAGACAAAAACUCUACCUACUUUGUGGACUGGAUUCCCAACAACGUGCAAACAUCACUGUGCACGGUACCACCAAAGGGAUUGAAAAUGUCAUCUACAUUUGUCGGAAACUCGACAGCCAUUCAGGACAUCUUCAAGCGCGUCGGGGACCAAUUCACUGCCAUGUUCCGUCGCAAGGCCUACCUUCACUGGUAUACAGGGGAGGGCAUGGACGAGAUGGAGUUCACUGAGGCGGAGUCUAAUAUGAAUGAUUUGGUUUCGGAGUAUCAACAGUAUCAGGAUGCUACUGCUGAUGAUGACGUCGAGGAGGAGGGCUGGGAUGAGAAUGCGCCUGGGGAGGAAAUACAGGAGUAA